UUUCUUUUUGCAAAGAACACAACUAUUCCGUAGUGGAUAAAAAAAACACAAAUUUUAAUAAUAAAAAAAAAACACUGAACAAAAAAAAAAAUAAAAAUAAAACAGUGAGCUGGCUUUCGCCGAAAUGAAUUGAGCCUACGCGCAGUGCAUACGGCAGUUCUCAGAAAGGUCUCCGUAGUGAGAAAGGGAUACUGAUGGUUGGUCUCCAGAGAAAUGUGCGCCAAAAUUUCCAGGAAACGGCGCAAACCUUGGCAAAGUAGCAAGCUGCGACAAGGCCGCUACUCAGUCGCUUCCUUCUGGACGGACGAAGUGGCGCCAUCUCUGAUCAAGCCUUCAAAGCAAAGGCCGAAAGUGAGUUCAGCGCCAUCUAUGUGAAAACACCACAACUAGACGGCAGGCGACGCCCUCGCCAUCUAGUAGCCGACACACAAAGCUCUAGCAAUCCAGCGACCGUGGCGCCGCUCGAGGAAUGCGGAAGCGAGCUCCGUCGACUCCUUUCCACGCAGACGACGCGCGAGGCCAACGUAGCAGCCGCUCCUUUGCCCAGAUGCGGUGAACGUUCGCUUCGCGUCCAUUCAGCCCCCACGUGGAGAGCGAGCCCCUGCUAGGCCUACACGCUCGGAAAACAUCGCCGCAACGCUCAUGGCUCGUCGCGGCCUGCCCAACAUCCUGAUCACCGGCACGCCGGGGACGGGCAAGUCGACGCUCGCCUCCGAAGUCGCCCAGCGGUCGGGCCUCGACUGGCUCAACGUCGGUCAAGUCGCCAAGGAAAACGAUCUCUUCGACGGCUACGACGAGAAAUACGACUGCGCUGUCCUCGACGAAGACAGGGUCGUCGACGAGCUUGACGACAAGCUGUCUCAACCGUCCGGCGGCAACCUGGUCGACUACCACGGCUGCGACUUCUUCCCCAAGCGUUGGUUCGACGUGGUGUUCGUUCUGCGGACGGACAACGCCGUGCUGUACGACAGACUGCGGGCGCGCGGCUACACCGGCAAGAAGCUCGAGGAGAACGUGCAGUGCGAAAUCUUCCAGACGAUCCUCGACGAGGCCCGCGAGUCGUACGACCCCAGCAUCGUAUUCGAGCUGCCCAGCAACACGCCCGACGAAAUGGAGGACAACCUCGAGAAGAUCUGCGCGUGGGUUGACCAGUGGAAGCUAAGCUCUCGGUAGCGUCUCGCAGCGUUUUGACUCUCGUGUAAAUAACUUUAAAGAAAGGAACUCCGGACACGAACAACCGAUCGAUGGACAGCUCUCAAACUUGUCUUUAGCCCGUGCUUGUUUUUUCUCUACCGCCCGAAAAAGGACAAAGAAAAAAAACAAGAAGUCGUCGUCGUUUCAUUUUGGGAACGCUACUUUUUCGUUUUGGUGCAUAAAAGACACAUGCGUAUCUAACGGCCA